AUGGUGCGGCUCGAAAAGGAGAAGCCAGAAAUGGAGCCAAGAGACCAGUGGAAUAAUAAAAUGGAGUUUAUGCUCUCCAUGUCUGGGAAGAUCAUUGGCCUGGGCAAUGUCUGGAGAUUCCCUUAUCUCUGUUACAAAAAUGGAGGUGGUGCCUUUUUUAUCCCCUACCUCAUCUUCGUCUUCACCUGUGGGAUCCCCAUGUUCUUCCUGGAGACAGCACUAGGACAGUACACCAGCCACGGAGGGGUCACCGCCUGGAGGAAGAUCUGCCCUCUCUUUGAAGGAACUGGUUAUGCCUCACAAGUCAUCGAAUCCUAUCUGAAUAUCUACUACAUUGUCAUCCUAUCUUGGGUUAUCUUCUACCUGUUCAGCUCCUUUACUGCUGUGCUUCCCUGGGCCACCUGUAAUAAUCCUUGGAACUCAGAUCGCUGCGUGGACUUUCUGAAUCACUGUAACGUGGAGAACUGGACAGCGCCUGCUAAUGCCACGUCCCCAGUAACUGAGUUCUGGGAGAAGCGAGCCCUGGGGUUCACAGACGGUAUUCACAAUCUGGGCACUGUGCGCUGGGAGCUGGCUCUCUGCCUCCUGCUCGCCUGGGUCAUCUGCUACUUCUGCAUCUGGAAAGGAGUCAAGUCCACAGGCAAAGUUGUUUACUUCACUGCCACAUUUCCCUGCUUGAUGCUUUUUGUCUUGCUGAUUCGAGGGGUUACCCUGCCUGGUGCUGCUGAGGGGAUCAUGUUCUACCUGAGGCCAGACAUUUCCAGGCUUGCAGACCCACAGGUGUGGAUGGAUGCAGGCACUCAGAUCUUCUUCUCUUAUGCUAUCUGCCAGGGGUGCCUGACAGCCUUGGGCAGCUACAACAAGUACAAUAACAACUGUUACAGGGACUGCUUCAUACUAUGUUUCCUGAAUAGUGCCACCAGCUUUGUGGCCGGCUUUGCUAUCUUCUCUGUGCUGGGCUUCAUGGCACAAGAACAGGGCGUGCCCAUUUCAGAAGUGGCCGAGUCAGGUCCGGGCCUAGCAUUCAUUGUGUAUCCAAAGGCUGUAAUGAUGAUGCCUGUGUCUCAGCUCUGGUCCUGCCUAUUCUUCCUUAUGCUGAUCUUCCUGGGACUGGACAGCCAGUUCGUCUGCGUUGAGAGCCUGGUGAUGGCCAUUGUCGACAUGUACCCAGAAGUUCUCCAGAAGAAAGGGCACCGGGAGCUGCUGAUCCUGGCCAUUGCAGUCAUAUGCUACCUGCUUGGCCUGAUGCUAGUCACUGAGGGUGGAAUGUACAUCUUCCAGCUGUUUGAUUAUUAUGCUGCCAGCGGUACGUGCCUACUGUUCCUGGCCAUUUUUGAAGUCAUCUGUGUUGGCUGGGUGUAUGGUGCAGACCGUUUCUAUGACAACAUCGAGGACAUGAUUGGUUAUCGGCCAUGGCCGCUGAUUAAGAUGUGCUGGCAGGUUGUCACCCCUGGUGUUUGCCUGGCCACUGUGGAUACCUCGGAGGAGCCUGAGCUAGAGACCCCGGCCAUGAAAAGUGAGGAGAAGGAGCGGAGAGACUUAGCGAGGAACUCCAGCGAGGCUGUGAGCCAGGACCUGUUCGAGACUCCAUCACAGAAGACAGUCCUGCCAGAUGAGGCGCUGUUGGGACUUUCUAAAGCUAGCUCGCCAAAUGAUUUUCGGGAGCAUCAAGCCCUUCUCUGGCGUGUGGCCGAGAACUUGGGGCUUGAGGUGCAAGAGAUGGCGGAGCAGGAGUACACCAUCCUCAAUGUCCUCUCGGCCUCUACGCCCGGCCGAGUCGCACUGCCUGUGCAUGAGGGGGUCCUCAAGAUAGCCAAGUCUUUGUGGCAGACCCCCUCCUCCAUUCCACCCACCUUGAAAUGA